UUACAACAAAGAACUUUUAGACAAGGUAAUAGAAAUGGCUGAUGGAAUUGAAGUGGAAGAUCUGCCCCGUUUUAAAACCAGAGGUGAAUUAAUGAAAAAGAUCCAAGAAGUGGACCAGAGGACCAAUACAUUAUGCUUUGGAGGCUAACAAGCAAAUAGUACCUGUUUUGUUCAAGAGCAUUUUACUUUGAAUCUUUGGAUUUAUUUAGUUAAGUAAAUGUUAGCUAAAAUGGUAGAAAUAAUAUGAGACCCUUCAUUUGGCAAAUUGAUAUAUACUCCAGAUUAGUCUUCAUUUAACAUCUUUUCUAACUUGUAGGUGAGAAUAUAGAUGCAGGGUAAUAUACAAAGUUGCACAUAUGUAUGUAGGCUGAAUAUUUCAGUGCUCAUUUGAUCAGAAUCAGAAGUGUUCACAGAAAUUGGCACAGAGUAAUGGAGAGAGAAUAGUAGAGAACUUUGAGGGACUUCUUCAGUCCUUCCUCAUAAAUGAGCCUCAGAAACAAAGGAAGGAGACUUCUCAACUAAUACACAGCCCACAUCCAUGACCCUCACUAAGUCAAAAUGGUUGGGAUAGCCAGGAAGAAAGUAGACCCACAAAGAAUACUUGCCAAGUGAGUGGGUAGGAAACCACGCAUAGCAAUAGCCCCCUCAGAGGGGGCUGAGAACAUAAGGAAAACUUCAUACUUUAUUUGCAUAGCUUUCAGGAAAUCUAUUAAACAGUUUUUAUUUUAAAGAUGUUCUUUUGUUUCCGUAUCAUUUUAUAUGUCAUAUACCCUUCACCCCUCUCACUUCUGGAGAAUCAUCCCUUACAACAAAAAAUUUAAAAAGAGGAAAAAGCGGCAGGAUAGAGCACCAGCCCUGAAGUCAGGAGGACCUGAGUUCAAAUAUGAUCUCAGACACUUAACACUUCUUAGCUAUGUGACCCUGGGCAAGUCACUUAAUCCCAAUUACCUUGGCAAAAAAGGAAAAAAGCACAGUUCAACAACACAUUGAAGAAAACUGAUAUAUGCAGUCUUCACAGAUAUAAGUCUUUCCUCAAAGAAGGUAAAAGAGUGUUUUCUUAUAUCUCUUCUCUGGUAUUAUUUCCAUUCCUAAUCUGAAUAUUUCAUUGAUUUGGAGAUUUUCAUUUUAUUCUUACAAAUAGAUCAAAUGGGAUAAAUGGGAAGUAUACAUUUUAAGACAGAUUUUAGUAUAUUAUUUUAAAAUGUCAGCAGUUCACAUUGCCAAGUUCCCUAGUCAGAUUACUUGCAGCAUCCUCCAACACUAGUGGUGUUCCCUAGAGCACAAUCUGUUCCAUUAUUCUCAUAGGUCUGCCAGUUGUUUGAUGUUUACAUGGAACAUUAAGGAAAUUUAAAAAUAUUUUGCUUGUUCACAUCUUGCUUGUCUCCUCCCUUGAUUCUUUAUCAUAAGCACAUUUACUUUUAAAGUUCCAUAAACGUGUAUUGAGUCCUCUGUAUGCAAUUAAAGCACUCUGCUAGUUAUUUUAACAUACCCUUUCUGGGCACUCUCUGUGAUUCACAUUCUAUACCACAUUUCUCUGUUUUGUGAAACUGGAAUAACUCAUAAUCUUUGAAGGUAUCUCACCAGGGUGCAGAUGACCUGGGUACUUUAGGGAAUUAUCUUUUGAUAACUUGAUAAGUAUAAUAUGAAAGUCCAGUGAAGGGGAAUGGUUCCAGAGAUUAUGUUACAUUAAUUUCCUUCAAAGAAAACUUUCUUUUUUUAGUAACCAAAUUUAAUUUUAACUCUUUGAUGCUAUUUAAAAUGAAACUCGGCUGAUCCUGAAAAUAAGAUACUUAGAGGGAACAGGAUGUCUUGUCAUUUGUCAAAAUUGUUCUAGAUAUAGGCAACCUGGAAAAGGAUCACUUUUUGUUCCACUAAAAGGCUUUGCCUAUAUUCUAAUCUGCUUACUCCUAAUUGUAAAUAAUUUCUUAAGUGCCCACUAGAAAAAAUGAUGCUGAGAGUAGGGAAUUUAGCCAGAGGAAACUGUAUUUUGUCACUUGCCUGCCCCUUUUAUGUGUGUAAUAGAGGAGGCAGGCAAAUGUUCGGAAACAACUCCUGCCCCAGGGAAAAAAGAAAUCUGGUUUAGAGCCAUCUUAGUAAAAAGUUUCUUCUUCCUCUCAAAAUUGAUUAUAAACUCUAAAAUUAGAGAGAUUGGGAUUUAAAUCAGAUUUACAACUGGGUACAGAAUGCCCUUAAGUCUCUUGGUAUUUUACAACCAGAUGGAGAAAAGGACUCUUUAAAUAAGAAUUUUUAGAAGCUGUCAUUCAUGUUGCACAGCUUUGAAAGAAUGAAUUUUUUUGGAAUGAAUAUACCUUAUUUUUCACCCACCAUAACAAACAUAAACCACUGAUAACUUAGAUGGUUGGAAUUUGUCAAAUGGUUAUAUGUUUAUAUGG